AUGCUUAAUCUGGCGUCACCUAUGGCGGUGGUUUGGUGUCUGAGGGCGGUGUGGAUUGCGGCGAUUUCACCGAUCGCGAUUGCAUCCUUUCCGUCAUCCAAAGUCGGCUUUUUUCAUCAGUUAUUUCUUAAGCUCAGUGGGCGGGGCAAGACUAUGGACGCAUCCUCUAAAAGACUGAGUGUCCCCCAGAAUUUCUUUGGUCACUUUUACAUACUUGCAGUUGUAUGGACUACUUUUCUGCUUGUAGCCACGUGGCUAUAUGCUCUCAAGACAGCUCCAAGAGUUAUUGAGCCUGUGCUGUUUUCGAGCAUAUCUAGCCAUUUGACUGGGAUUUCGCAUGAGUUGUUCUCGCGAAAAUCUCAUUCAUCACUGAACUACAAGUAUGGGCUUUGGAAAUCUGUGUUUCUGCUUUUGUUGAUGGAAAUUCAAGUAUUGCGACGUCUUUUCGAGACUAUAUACGUAUUCAAGUACAGCCCCUCAGCUCGGAUGCAUAUUGCUGCCUAUCUCACUGGACUAAUUUUCUAUACAGCAGCUCCACUAUCCCUCUGCUCCUCUUAUGCUUUGGACGUAUUCAAAUUUGUGGUGAAUGUGUUCACAGAAUUUGUUGUUAAGGGGAAGGAUAGAAUGGAAUUCACAGAAUUUGAUAUAUGGGGCCUUGUGAGUCCACUUAUACAGCUCAAAUGGUACACGUGGGUUGGUGCAGCUAUAUUCUCCUGGGGUUGGAUUCAUCAACGCCGUUGCCAUGUCAUUCUUGGAUCUUUGAGGGAGAAUGACCAAAAGGUCUACGAUUAUGAAAUUCCACGUGGCGACUGGUUUGAAUAUGUUUCCUCUCCACAUUAUCUUGCAGAAAUUGUCAUAUAUGGCGGGCUCGUGAUUGCUAGUGGAUUUUUUGAUUUCACGAUGUGGUUACUCUUUGGAUUUGUGGUACGUCUUGAUUUCAAAAGAUAUCAGUGA